AUGCACGUGCGUUCUGCCCUUACAAAUUCAUGUGCUGACGGACUUCGAAACAAAAGGAAGGCGCUGGCGAUGGCGAAAUUUAUCUUGUCUAUUUUCCUUGCAAUAUUCCUUCAAACCCUUUAUGUAAAUGCAGAGGAGUAUGUAGACAAGUGCAUAGAAGGAAAGUGGCACAAAGAGUCGCCCUCUCCCGAAACAGCCGAGUUCAAAACUUGCCAUGCCUUUAAAGAAAGCAGUUGUUGCAACGCAGCCUUUACGGUGGAAUUGAUGGCCAACGAAACCCGCAAUUUGUACAACCAUUCCUGGCAUCGCUGCGGUACUCUCUCAGCAAAAUGUCAAUCCUUUUGGGUUAAGCAGGUAAACUCGGGGAUCAGAUAAAUAUGCUUCGUUUUCAGGUUGAAGAAAGGUCGUUAAACACACCUGUUGCUAUCGCCUCGCAGUGAUUUUUUCUGAACAGAAGCAAUCAGAAGACAAUCUUGGGAAGCAGGUUUCUGAUAUUCACUUCGAUUACUAGGCAGCUAUACAAAGGCCGAUUUGGACAACUAGCCCGGCUUCUGAUUUUAAUUUUGUUAAGCCUUUUAAGUAUCAAGUAAGGCACUCCGCAUAAAAUUUAUGAUUGAUUAUGCAACAUUGACCCAUGUGGUAACUAAAUAUUUGUCACGCGAUUUUCAGCAACUGUCAAGUGUUAUUUUGACCAAAAAAAUUAAAUUUAGCAGGAAUAUCAAAAUACUUGGUGAUUGCGUACGAUAAAUUGAGUAGAAAUCCAGGUUUACUAAAUCUUACUUUUUCUGUUUUCCUAUCUUUUACACAAAUGUAAAAAAGAUUUACUGUAGCUCCGGUCAUGGCUGUCACAGUGGUUCAUGCUUUGCUUUGAAGCUACAGGAAAACGUCUUGUGAUUUCAGAGUGAUCAUUAAUUGAAAGCUUACUAUUCCACCCCAAAAGGAAAAAUUUCUGUUCAAUCCCGAAUGUCAUUAUGCAUACAGUUCUCGGAUAAAAAAAAAAACAAAGCCAAAAUAGACUGCCUUUUGGACUUCGGCUUUGUUUUAGAACAGUACGAGGUCAUGCCGGAAUCUUUCCUGUCUGUUGAGUUUUAAUGACUUUGCCUUUUUUUCUUUUUUUUCAGGAAUGUUUUUAUCAGUGUUCUCCCAAAGUUUACCGAUAUGAAGAUCCAAAUUUUAAAGGGGGUCUGAAAGGUAAUAUACAAGAUAGCAUACUAAUUUACUAUGCUUGACAAUGUAUGAUUGUUUCCACUUACAUCUGAGCAGACAUCUUGGCAAGAGAUCAAGAUCACUUUCUCUGCAUUUCACAUUUCAGGCAUGUUUUCAAGACUAGUGUUAUACACUUAAUGUAUGGUCAAGAGGGAAAACAAAACAGUCUCCCUUGGGACCCAUACAUUAUGUGCUUUGCUAUAUAUUUAGACUUUCCCUUAAACAAUCAUAUGGCAAAAACAUGCUGUUGUAUUCGGCACGCAGGCAACAACUGCGCAAUUGUAUCAUGGUCAGGAUACAUUUGCAUUUAUCAGGGGCACGUGACCAAGAAUCAACCAAUCACAGUGCUCAUUUUAUUGGGUGAAGGCUUAGGUGUAUAACAAAGCCAGAUGUUAUCAUGCUGUCGUCGCAGUAGCCUUCUUAAUUUGACUUUACGUUGUGUUUAAGCGUCAUCUUUUCUUUGGUUAAUCUUUUUUAUACUCUAUAUAUUCUUCAAUCUUUUGCUGACACUUAAAAGUAGCCAUCAAUUUCUCUGGUGCAUGACAGGAUGUAAAAUACAAUAUAUAGUGUGUGCGGUGGAUAUGCCUGUAAUCAACAGGGUGUUUACUGAUACAAACUGCAACCAUUUGCAACGUGCAUGCUGUGAUAAAUUUCACGUACCUAUAGGUUGAAGAAGGUGGGUUUUAUGAAUGGCCCAGAUUAAUUGUAACUCCAUGACCCCUUAUAGAUUGUAAAGCAUUUGAUUCCUCCUUACAAAUAUAACACUCCUGAAUCACACAUUAAAUUCACAAGAAUAAAAGAAAUGAUCACAAAUGAAAGAAGUUCUCAAUUGUUUAAAAAAAUGGAUUAAAGUUGCCAGAAGUUCCUAUUUUGUUAUUUGAUACUUAUUGCAUUGGGAGUUGUACAACUUUUGAAAAUUUACCUUUCAGGUGUACCAGUUUGUUCUGGAUUUUGUGAUGAGUGGUAUGAAGCCUGUAAGGAAGAUCAGAUUUGUGUUGAAAAUGUUCUUGCGGACUAUAACGUCACCAAACAUGAUGAGAAUUACUGUCCUGUCAACAGUAGCUGUAAGUCGUACCAGGCCAUGUAUGGAAAUGGUAAGAACCUUUGCGAGAAGAUGUGGGGAGAGUCGUACAAAUACACCCUGCCGGAUGCUGAUUACUCCAACUGUUUAAUGAUGGAUCCAUCUAAGAAAGUGAAAGGCAUUGGCAUCACCAGUGUCCCCAACAUUUCUCUGUUGGCUCUCAUCCUCUUCAUCAUGGCUUUAAUGCAAUAGUUUGUGUGUUAUUCUUCUUUGUUCAGAAACAAAUUCUUCUUUGAUUAAGGCUCCUGGUGAAUUUUGUUUUGUCUCAGUUGAAGCUGUGAUGACAUUGUGUGCAUUUGAAAUCACUUAAGGAAGUUACAGAAUGCAGAUGUUAUGCUAGACUGUCCCUCAGCACCUUUGUAAGACAAACUUAUUUUAAAAUGAUUGGUGCAGGACCAA